AUGUUUGGAGUGGUCUUCUUUGGUACACCACAUCGGGGGGGUAAUGGAGCAGGCGCUGGGGUUGCAGCUGCGUUCGUCGCCCGGGCUAUAUUAGGUUCGGUAUCAAAAACCUUCCCAGAAGCUCUAACACAGGGCUCGAGUUUCCGCGCCUGGAUCACCGAGGAGUUUAGUCAACUACUUGAGGAUUUGUAA